UCGACCUGUCGAUUAUCUGCUGUCCGCGCGCGCCGUCCAGAUUCGACAAAAAGCUGUCUUGCCUCGCUUUUUCUUAAACCCUUGUUAUGCUCGGAUGAGAUAACGUGCAGAUCAUAGCAAGAAUAAUAGCAUUAAAGGGAAAACAACGUACACGACCAAGUUGAACGGCGACGGCGUUGGUGGUGAAAGAUCGUCACCCUCGUGGUUGCCGGAGAUUAGGAUCAACAGAAUGGAUCUAGAGGAUCCGAGGGUCCGUUGGAUAACCCCUAGGCCACCGACUGUCAAGGGCCACGAGAGAAAGCGCAACGACCGCGGAGGAGGCGGCCGGACGUCGUCUAGGAAAACUAAAGGCAAGAACAUGUGCCCGACGGCGUCAGGCACGGACAAGGGUACGAAGGCCUCACGAAAACCGGCUCAGAUCAACCCUCUAAUGACGGUACUGAUGAGUUCUAGACAGCAACACCUACAGGAGCAGCAGCAACACGACCAACCCGCCAGUCGAACACCGGAGAGACUGACCGCCUGCCGGACUGUGAACCUGGAGCUCCCCGAACACUAUUUGUACCGGUCUACAGUGAAAAGGUCGGCACCGUCUCAACGAAAGUUACCCGCCCGCAAGUGCAUUGUACCCGACGAAUUCAAGUUAAAAGUGUGCUUGCGAUGGUGAACCCAU